AUGAUUGAAAUAUUUACCGUGGAUGCAUUUGCCACAAAUCCAUUUAAAGGAAAUCCGGCUUGUGUCUGUUUAUCAUUUAUGAAUGAUGAACAUAGUGAUGAUUUCGAUCAAUUAUUUCAAAAAAUUGCUAAAGAGAUGAAUUUAUCUGAGACAGCAUUCAUAACAAAAUCUUCGACAUCAACAUCAACUUAUUUUUUACAAUGGUUCACACCAAAAAAUGAGGUACCUCUAUGUGGACAUGCGACAUUGUCAACCGCUCACAUAUUAUUUGAUCAACAUCUUUCUCAAAGCAAUGAAUUGAUAUUUGAAACAAAGCAUGUUGGUCAAUUAAAAGUAAGAAAAUUAAAAGAAAAUUUUUUAGAAUUAGAUUUUCCUCAAGGACAACCUCAGCCAAUAUUAUUGUCAGAAACAAUAGUUGAAGAAUUAAAACAAAAAUUAUGUAUUAAAUCAGAUAUUAAGGAUAUUCAAUUAUGUAAACGUACAAAGAAAUUAUUAAUUUAUAUUUCGAGUAUUGAUGAUUUACUCAGUUUGAAACCAUUUAGUUUAACAACUAUAAAUUUCGGUGAACAAUAUAAGGAGUUUAUUAUGGGUAUUAUUGUAACAACGAAUGGAAACGACUCGAAAUAUGAUUUUUUCUCACGAUAUUUUGCACCGUGGAAUGGUAUUGAUGAAGAUCCUGUUACUGGUGGUGCGCACACGGUAUUAGGCGUUUAUUGGUCUAAAUUAUUGAAUAAAACCACCCUAGAUGCAUAUCAAUCGAGUGAACGAGGUGGUGAACUGCAGUGUGAAUUAAAUCAAGAAAAUGGAAGAAUUCUCAUACUUGAAAACCUGGAGCCAAUAAGCACUACAACAGAUGCACCUGCAAUUGCAGUAACUGAACAAAACUAUAGACAAUUAUUGAAAUCAACACUAGAGGAAGUCGAAUGUGUGAAUGUAUACUGUGCGGGUGAUCGGUUUGAAUAUUUAUGUGAUCCGCAAUUAGAUGGCUUUACUACAAUCAAUGGUAUUCUUCAGUUACCACUGACAAUUGAUAGUGGCUAUGCAAUUAUUCACAAAUGCACACGGCCAUCAAUAAAGAAAGGAAACAGUGUUGAAUUGAUUGCUGAUCGAUGGGAAUUGUCCCCAUCGUUAUUUUUUAUAAAUAAUCCACAAUGGAAUUCUAAAUUAAUCGAAGACAUGAAAUCAAAAAUACCAACUGAUUUGGGUUUAAAUGAUGACUUGAUUAAACAAAAUCAGUUAGAUAUUAAAUUAAUAAAAUUAGUCUUAUAUGGAAAAGGUUCGUGUUCAAAACCGUAUGAAAUUGAAGAAAAGACACAUGGUACAUUAGGAAAAUUAGUUGUCGUUCUGCCGUCAACAUACGAAGGUGGUCAGGAUCAUUUAAUUGUUAAAAAAGAAAGAUACGUUUAUGAUUUUUCAAAAAAUAGUGCAAAUAGUCUACACUAUAUUGUUUAUUAUAAUAAUUGUCAACAUGAAGUACAACGUGUAUCAAAUGGUUUUAAAUUAACGUUAGUUUAUGAUAUAAGUCAUCCUAAAACAAUGAAGCCAAUGAUGUAUUUGACUCCGUCACAAUCAGAUGAACAAUUAGUAGAAAAAAUGAAUGAAAUUUUUUCAACCUGGUUACGCCAUUCAAAUCGUGUAUCAAAAUUAAUCAUUCCAUUAACAGGAAUUUAUGUUAAAUCGACUAUGUCUUCGCUAUCGUUGAAUAGCAAAGAUCGUGCCUAUAUAAAUUUGUUAUUAGAAACAAUCAAACAUUUUCAUUCUUCUUCUCAUGUGUGUCAUCAUUUAUGGCCACAUGAUGAAUUUUUGUUAUAUAUUGGUGUAUUGACGCAUCAUGAAGAACUUGAUGAAGAUGGUGAUGUAAUGAUUAAUUAUAUGUUUGUCGAAAAUUUAAUUUUAAUAAAUGGAAAACGGCAAGAAUCCUAUAAAAGUUUUGAAUCAAUUAGAAUGGUGGAUGUUGAUGACGAUGUUAAAUUAAUUGAUCAAACAAUAUAUGAUCAUCUCGAUAGCACGUUUGUUCGUGAAAAUGGCGAAACAGGUAACGAUGUCAACGCUUAUCCCGAAAUUGGUGUAUUAGUCAUUGUUCCGUAUCAUCGAAAAUUUGAAUUAUUAUUUUGUGAAAAAAGAAAACUUUAUCAUAAAUUAUCAUUUAUGUGUUCAAUAAUUGAAUCCAAUUGUGGAUCAAAAUUAAAAUCGAUUAUAUUAAAACAAGAAUGUCUUGAAGCAAUUAAUUGUCUAUUACGUAAACAACAAAUGCGUAAAUGUGAUGUAGCACCAUUAAUUAAUCGUUUAAUAACAUUAUAUAAGAUAAAAACUGGAAUAAAACAAAUUGAUAUUUUAGUUAUUGAUGUUAUACGACGAUUAAUUCAACAUCAUUGGUUUAUACUUCAAUUAUUAACUGAUAAAACUAUUGUACGUUAUUUGUUUAAUUUAGGUAAUUUAGUUGAUUGGUUAACAAUUGAAAUUGAUAUUUUUAAUGGAUUUCAACGAGCUAUUACUCAACUACCACCCAAUACAACUGAUAGUUCAACAUUUUUAAUAUCAUUUGUUUUAUUAGUUAAUCAAACAUUAGAACUAAGUCAUUCAAUGAAAGAUGAUUUAUACCGUUUAAUUAUGUGUAUGAUCAAUACAUUGUUGAAACAUAUAUUUAGACAAAAACAAAUAUUUGAAACAACAUCGAUGAUAACAGUUUGUUCAGUGUUGGAAUUACUUUCAUUAUUUGAUGAUGUAUAUUUAUUAUCAUUAAAUAUUAUAUCGAAACAAAUAAUUCAUUUUCUGAAUAAAUGUUGUGAUCAAGAAGAUGAUAUAACUGAACGAUAUUUAGAACCAGCCUUGAUAUUGUUUAUUAAAAAACUUUGGCCACAAUUUCACAAACAACAAAAUGUUCCCAGAUGGUUUGUUGAUUUAUAUGAAUAUUGUUUAUCUGCAUUAAAUGAUGAGUGUAAUUCACCACCCCCACCUAUAAAAAAAUGGACAUUGGAUGAAUUAAAUAUCAGUUGUGAUUGUGAUUAUUGUCAACAAUUGUUAACGUUUUUUCUUGAUGAAAAUGUACAUAAACAACAAUUUCGCAAAUAUCAUCGUUUGUGUUCACAAUUUAAUCGAACAAUUGAUCGAUUAUCAGUGUCAUUAACAUCAACAAUUCAACAUAACGGUAGUGAACAACAAUUAGAAAUAACAAAACCAUUUGAUACGAAAAAACGAUCCGAAAAAUAUUUAAUGUUACGUGAUGGACUAUUAGAAAUAAAUAUAUCAAAACAUAUUUAUUCAUUUACAACAAAUCCACGUAAAUCUGCAAUGGAUGACGAUAAUAGAUCGACUAAACGAUCUAGAAUGGAAUAG